ACUACACUACACAGCGCAUCGGCCACACAGUACCACGCGCUAUAAUAUAAGCUAUAAUAGCCCAAGCCUGCCAUGCUGAACGACUGAGGACAUCUAGUAAAGGCUGCAACGAUGUUAUUCAGAUUCGGUGUCAUUCUCACUCCGGAGUCUUCCGAUGUAGAGGUCUUUGUUUUGGGGUCGCGUACGGAAAUGGGCCACUGGGACCCGAGCAGAGCGGUUCAGAUGACAGCCUCUCACAAGCUUCUGUCACCACAUGAACCGAGUCUGUGGAUCGGCGACGUGAAGCUGUCAGAGCCGUUUAAAGACACACUGUGGUUCAAGUUCGUCAAAAGAGUCAGAGGCACAGGCACUUAUAUCUGGGAAGGUAGUGGUUCAAGCCAUGACAGGUGGUGUACAUACGAUGAGAAGAACAUGGUGGAUGGAGUGUACUGUCACCCGAUUGGUCACUGGAUAGAGGAAACAGGACACACAGAUGAGAUGAAACAUACCACCAACUUUUACUUUGGUGUGGCUGGUCAGAAGGCCAUACAUUUUUCCAGGGUGCUAUCACGUGUUUGGCUGGGCAGCUGCCCUCGACAGGUCGAACAUGUGACAAUCAAGAUGAAGCAUGAAUUGGGCAUUACUGCAGUGAUGAACUUCCAGACAGAGUGGGAUGUGGUGAACAACUCCUAUGGAUGCAGACGCAACCCAGGGGAAACCAUGACCCCAGAAACCAUGAUGCAUUUGUACAAAGACUGUGGCCUGGUGUAUGUGUGGAUACCCACACCUGACAUGAGCACGGAGGGUCGUAUCAGGAUGCUUCCUCAGGCUGUAUUCUUGCUUCAUGGUCUUUUGGAGAAUGGUCACACUGUCUAUGUUCACUGUAAUGCUGGAGUAGGCAGGUCGACGGCUGCUGUGUGUGGCCUGCUAAUGUACAUCCUUGGCUGGAGCAUGAGGAAGGUGCAGUACUUUGUUGCAGCCAGGAGGCCAGUAGUGUAUAUAGAUGAGGAGGCUUUAGUCCAGGCUCAGGCUGACUUCAUCCGGAAGUUUGGACAACUGCGACCAUCCAUCUCUUACCCAGAGACAUGAGAGUUGAGUGUCUUUGUACUGCGGUCUUCAAAUUUGAAGAGGAAAUUUACAAUUAUGGAAAGCUCCACUGGAAUGGACUUUUGGAAGCUAAACUGAUUCCUACAUAAAUAUGUUUAGUCAGCGUGAAAGCAGCCAGAAAGUGAAAUAACCCGUAGCAAGAAAAUUAACCUCUACUUAAAUCUCAUGUAUGUAAAUGACCCCCUUGGUUCAUCCUGAAGUAUCUGGAGAGAGUUCUCCUGGCUGCCAGCAUAGAUGUUGCAAGCAAUUAAUUCUGCUGUUAUGUGUUAGCUUUUAACUUCAGGAAUUACUCUCUGCCAUUUUGCACACACAGUCACAAAUUAUGCACUUGGAGUCAACUGAGGACACUAUUAGUAGUUUUCAGUAAAUGUCUGCAGGGGUGUUUGGGAAGACAUUUUCUUUUAGCCCUUUUUGUAAUCAUUAAUUAAUUGAGUUGACAUUUUGAGAAGGCAACUUUCAGCUGAUGUGUUGAACAGCAACGAUUGAGAGGAGGAUUGAAAGGGAAGCAGGUUAAGGAUGGAGGAAUAUAAACUCUAUUUCUCUUUCCACUGUUGCUAUUGCAUGAUUAUAUAUCAUUUAAGAGAAUCCCCUUUUCUAUUUCAGAGUAAAAAAUUGUCCUUUUUUUUUGGGAGAGAAGUCUUAAUGCUGCAUGAAAAUGGCAGUCCUUGUGAAAGCAACAAAUUCCUAAAAUGAUAAUGCCCCUCCAUCUCUGUCAGACAGGUUUUCUGCUCCCAGACAUCGAAGAAUACAGCUCCGCCCCAUCUCUCUCAAAGAGCUUGAUAGCAUUUCAUCUUUAUUUAUUUAUCCGACAAAUGUUAUUCCAGCCAAUCUCCUACAUAACAAAAACAACAUCCUUGCCAGACCAUUUUAAUGCAUACAUAAUAAGACAUUAUUGGAAUACUGUUUGUUGUCAGUUUUGAACUUCUGCCUAGACUCUUGUUGAGAAUACAUUGCGUUUUUAAGAUACAGUGUUUUUGUUACCUGUCCCUUAUUUGAGACAGUUAGUGGAUUAGCGAGGAGGGAAGAUUCUUCUCCUGAAGCACAAGUCUUGUCAUUACCUUUCAGUAAGUCUCUGCAGAAGGCAGCACCUUAAGACGGUGUCUGUGGGGAUGGAUUGGUGGAUUGAGCCAUGCAUAUGUGCUAGGGGAAGCGAAUUAUCAUGAAUUUCUAAACGUGCUAAAAAUAAA